AUGUCUGCCGCCAUCAAAGGUUCGCCGCCAUCUAUUUCAAAUUUCCCACUCCACUGGAAACAACUAGAGGGAAUACUCGAAAAUCUCAAAGAGAAGCCAGAUGUUGGAACUUUGUUGCUGGCACUACAACGAACUUUAGAAUUUGAGGAUGAAUUAGCAGAAAAAUUUGGAGGCCGCUCUACUAGUAGAGAGAUUGGGAAUGAGAUAGAAGAAAUUGGCAGGGACAGUAAUAGUCAAACUGUAUCAGAUAUUCGAAAAAAGUACGAAAAAAAGCUUGCAGCUAAUCAAGGAGAGCCUGAACCUAACCAACCUAGUUAUACUGCCCCGCCACCUCCCCCUCCAGUAGAAGAUACUGCCAUUGAUAUCAGAUGAGGGGACGUGGAAGGGUUAGCAAGCCCAGAGGACGGGUUCAACUUCCUGCAAGUGCAAGUCAAGAGGACGCGAAUACAGAUGACGGAUAAGAGCAUGAGGCGCAUAUACCACGGGCACCGACGGGACUUGGGGAUACGGAACUUCAGAUAUGGGUACCACUUGCAUCCAGUGUACAGCCAUCUCAUAUAGAUCGAUCAUAUACACCAGUUACACCAUCUGCCGAUGCACAGCUUCCCCGUCCCCUUCCACCACCUCACCGUCACAGUUUACAUCCUCACCACCCUACUGCAGCUCCACGACCACCGGUAUCACAUACACAUUCACCUCAUUCUGCAUCCCCUUCUGGUACUGCAUCCGCUAGAGGGACAGGAUCUGCAUCAGUAUCUACUCCAUCAUCUGCUCCUGCAUCUGCUCCAGCAUCAGCU